CCGGUAUAGUACUUCUAUCCUUGACAUUCACAAAAAUGGGAAGGCUCAAUAUUAAGCAUUUGCUCGGAAAGCAGACUUGGGAUAGAUGUUUGCCGUUGUUAGCUUCACCAAAUGGUUCUCUAAGUUCUGUUCGAUAUUCUUCUAAAAAUAGGUCAUAUGGCACAUCUCAAGGAAGUAAUGAUUUUGAUGUGUGUAUUGUUGGAGGUGGGAUAGUUGGUCUGGCAACUGCUCAGGAGCUGAUCUGGAGGCAGCCGAAUCUUAAACUUGCCGUAGUGGAGAAAGAGUCUCAACUUUCUUUGCAUCAGAGUGGUCACAACAGUGGUGUUAUCCAUGCUGGGAUUUACUACACCCCUGGAUCUCUGAAGGCUAAGCUCUGUGUAGAAGGUUUAGAAUUGGCCUACAAGUAUCUAGAUGAGCAUAAUCUUCCCUACAAAAGAUGUGGAAAGCUUAUUGUGGCACGUAAUGCAGAGGAAAUUCCAAGACUAGAUGCACUGUAUGAAAGAGGUCAGAAAAAUGGUGUGAAGGGACUAAGGAUCAUGAAUCCAGAUGAGAUCAGAGAAGUGGAACCAUAUUGCAAGGGUGUAAAAGCCAUUCAUUCUCCAAACACUGGGAUAGUUGACUGGGGCCAGGUUGCACAAUACUAUGGCAAGAACUUUGAGAGGCUUGGAGGCAGUAUCUUCACCAACUUUGAGGUUACUAACUUUGCCAUGACAACAGAAGGCAAAACUGGCUCAAAAGAAGGUUUACAACACCCUGUGACAUUGCAAGCCAAGUCAGGUAAAUCCCUGAGAUGCAGGUAUGUGGUGACCUGUGCUGGUCUUUACUCUGAUCGUGUAGCAGAGAUGUCAGGCUGUAGCAAGAUUCCAAGGAUUGUGCCUUUCAGGGGCGACUACCUCCUACUCAAAUCAGAAAAAAAUUACCUCGUAAAUGGCAAUAUUUAUCCAGUUCCCAACCCCAAGUUUCCAUUUCUCGGUGUGCACUUCACCCCUCGAGUUGAUGGUAGUAUAUGGCUGGGUCCUAAUGCUGUUCUAGCACUGAAAAGAGAAGGUUACAACCUUCUUGAUUUUAGUUUGAAGGACAUGAUAGAUGCUGCCUCAUUUAGUGGUCUGAGAAAACUUGCCUUCCGCCAUCUUGGAUAUGGACUUGGAGAGAUGUACAGAGGAUUCAACUAUGCAGCUCAGGUCAAACUUCUUCAGGAGUACGUCCCUGACCUCAAAGUCUCUGAUGUCACAAGGGGUCCCUCUGGCGUCAGAGCUCAGGCACUGGACACAGACGGCAACUUGGUGGACGACUUUGUCUUUGACAUCGGAGUUGGUGGAAUAGCAUCAAGGGUACUGCACGUCCGGAACGCUCCUUCCCCUGCGGCCACCUCUUCUCUCUCCAUAGCCAAGAUGGUUGUUGAUAAGGUACAGGACACCUUUCAAAUAUGAAGCCCAGAGGAGACAUCGUGACAAGAUAUGCAAAUUUUUAUUGUUCAGGCACGAUGAGACAAAUUGCCUAUCAACUAGAAGAGGCUUUUUCCAAAAAUUCAUAGACAAACUGAUGGAAUCAUGUGAGUAUUUUUAUGAUAGUGGAGAUAUUUUCCAACAGAGUUUUGAACAUAUCAUAUUUCAUAUUUUAUUCAUUUUACAAGGCUUUUUAUGGGAAAAAUAUUCAAUUUGAGGACACCAAAAUGUGACAUGCCCAAACAGGGUAUACAUGUUAUGCAACUUAUCAACAUAUUUCAUAUGUAUUUUGUUCUCAUUGUUAUAAUUAUGUUGCUACCAUGUCGAGCAUUCAGGGAAUAGCAAAAAAUUGUAACUAGAGGUUUCACAUUACUAAUUUCCAAAAGUGGAACAUGCAUUAGUCUUGGUGUCCACCUUUAUUUUGUAACCAAAUGUUCCAUAGCACAGCUAGAAUGUGAACUAGCAAAUGAGAUACCUUAGUAAAACUUCAUCAAUUUGAAGAACUCCUUGAAUAAUGAAUUAACAAUAAUGAAUUAACAAUUUCGAAAUUGCUUUCGAAAUUCUACUAAAUGUAAUAAAUUUUGGGUACUUGAAAUAAGGGGAAAUAUUUGGUGUCCAUCGUAACAUGCCUUCUGCAUCCAUUUUGCAGGGGUCACAGUUCUGUUAAUUUUUAUAAUCUUCAAUAAAUACUAAUAUACAGAAAACUAUAUAGCACAAAAGUCUAUAAAAAACAGAUGAAUAAAAUCAAUCAAAAAAUAGAUUUUUUUAAAUGUGGCAGCCAUUUUUAUUUUGGUGUCCACAUUUGGACACUGUAAAAAAUGUUACAUGAUUUUUCAGAGGUAGGAGAAAUCUGUGAAAAAUGAACACAGCCAUGGUUAACUGGCAGAAUAUAAUUAUAUGUAACCGCAAACUAAGAGCUUGGAGAUGUUGAACUUUUGCAUGAAGAAAAUAAGCUAAUUCUCUAAAUUAUGUAACAUUUGAUAUAAUAAUAAUGAUUAUAAUAACACAGUUCUUGUAUAGUGCAUAUCGCAUUAUGUCAUAACAUCCCUAUGCACUUCCAAAGGACUUGGAUAUUAUUACCCCAGUGGCUUUAGCCAGUUGAGACACCAAUCAAAAUUCAUAAAAAUGCAAAUAGAAACCCAUACAUAAGAAAAUAUUCACUUGAACUGCCUCCCCUGGUUAUAUGAAUAUCUCAUGAAUGUUUAUUGGUAACUCAGUGUGUUCAGGGCAUUUUAUAAAGGAAUUUAUAUUUUCAGUCUGAUGUCACACUUGCCCUCCCCAGUAUUGUAAAACUACUCAUAUUUGUGCUAACUUCAUGACAAUGUAAAUGGGUCUAUAUGUGUUUUUUUUUAAGCCAGUUGACAAAUCAAGUCUCUUGACUUGACAAACUAUUGUAGCCACCUAUCCUAUUUACAUUGUAAAUAAAAUGUUGCUUGGCUUUGUUGAUGAUAUCAUGUCUGAACAUGCCUCACGGAUCCUCAGAGACAGAGAAUCAAAUGUUUUGUAUUUACACACUUAAUGUAAUCUUGAUUCACUUGCAC